AGAAACACCACAGCUACCUUCAACGUAUAUUUAUAUAUAUACAACUAUACAAGCACUUGUCCUAUACUGUCCAAACCUUGAAAAGGCGCUUAUUUGGUCUUUCUUUUUCAAGUCUCGGCACCAAGCAAUUGAUUUAAAAAAAAAAAAAAAAAAAAAAAAAAAAAAAAAAAAAAAAACUCCACACUAAAUGGGGCGUUGGAUUAGACCCGAGGUAUACCCACUAAUGGCAGCCAUGACAUUUGUAACGGGAAUGUGCGUUUUUCAGCUGACAAGGAACGUUCUCUUAAACCCUGAUGUCAGGAUCAACAAAGCUCAUAGAAGCAUGGCAGUACUUGAAAAUGAAGAAGAAGGAGAGAAAUAUGCACAACACAAACUUCGCGAGUUCCUUCGCAGUCGUCCACCACAAGUCAUGCCUUCUAUCAACCGUUUCUUCUCUGAUGACACCAACUGAUCAUAUCUCAAUCCAAUUAAGAAAUUCUGAAUUAUUCAGUCAUGCAUCUAUGCAAAAAAGAUUUCUAGCCGUGAUUGGUUUGACAUAUUUGUAGUUCCUUUUUAUUUUUCUUUUGGUUUGACAUAUAUGAAGUCGUGAUAUAUGGCUUGUGUAAUUUGAGUAUUUCUACAGAGAUGUACUAUUUUUUUAUGCUGUUAAGAUAUCACAAUCAUUUUAGUGAUUUGCCCGUACAGUCAUAAAUAAUAGUACCAACUUUUAUUUUA